AUACAGAUAGAGCGCCAGCCCAAAAAUCUCCCGCUAAACUGAAGACUCUGUCAUCUCUAUUACUUCCAUGUCACCAAGUUCGAGCACGGCACAUGCCGGAGCAUCGCCAGGCGAGGUUUUCAGGUCGCAGCCGGCCAUUAUCUCCGGCGAUCCCAGUGACUCCUCAUAUUCGUCGUCUUCCUCGAUCUCCAACAUCACGCAGGCCUUUCCUUUCUCUUCUGGAAACCCUAGAAUCGAAGAGACCAGAGGCAUCAUGCUUCUCUACCGCGAUGUCGCCGACGUCGUUUCCACCUCGUCCUCUCACCUCCCCGUUGGAAGGAAGCCACUUGUUUGUGUGCUUGGAGUGCCGAAUCACAUGACAUAUGCAGACUUUUGCCAGUUUUGUGGUUCAUUCAUUCAGCAUAUUUUGGAGAUGCGGAUUGUCAGGAAUGAUGGAAUGGAAGAUCGUUACAGCAUUUUGAUUAGGUUUGAUAGUCAGGACUCCACAGAUGAUUUUUACAAGCAUUUCAAUGGAAGCCGAUUUUCGUCGCUUGAGGUGGAGGCUUGUCGCAUUCUCUUCACGGUAGAUGUUCAAUACACUGGUUCAAUAGAACAUGCACAGGCAUCAUCGGGAAGCUCAACUGAGCAGCCAUCAUGUCCAGUCUGUCUUGAGAGACUAGACCAAGAUAUGGGUGGAAUUCUCACGACUAUCUGCAAUCAUUCUUUCCAUUGUUCUUGCAUUUCAAAAUGGACGGAUUCUUCUUGUCCUGUAUGUCGAUAUUGUCAGCAGCAGCCUGAAAAGUCUAACUGUUUUGUUUGCCAAACUUCUGAGAAUUUGUGGAUGUGUGUUAUCUGUGGCUUUGUUGGCUGUGGGAGGUAUAAAGAAGGACAUGCCAUAAGACAUUGGAAAGAUACAGAACAUUGUUAUUCUCUUGAAUUGGAAACGCAGCGUGUGUGGGAUUAUGCUGGAGACAAUUAUGUUCACCGCCUAAUUCAAUCUAAAACUGAUGGGAAAUUGGUUGAAUUGAAUUCACCGUAUAAUGAGUGUGGAAGCUGCGAAUGUGUAGAUUCUGGAUUCAGUGAGGCCCUUUUGAACAGUAAAGUAGAAGCGAUUGUUAAUGAGUACAAUGAACUGCUUGCUACUCAACUUGAGAACCAAAAAGUGUAUUUUGAAUUGUUACUGCAAGAAGUUAAAGAAGAAACUGAAAGAGAAAUUUCUAAUGCUGUUGAGAAGGCUGUACCGCUAAAGAAAAUGCAGGCCAAGCUGGACAGAUGUGUAAAAGAGAAGAAAUUUCUUGAUGAUCUUAAUGAAAACCUUUUAAAGAAUCAGGAGAUUUGGAAAGCAAAGAUACUUGAAGCUGAAGAGAGGGAGAAAAAGACUUUGAAACUAAAGGAUGAUAAAAUUAGCGACUUAGAAGAACAGCUUAGGAAUUUGAUGCUCUAUCUUGAGACUGGGAAGACAAUGGAGCAGACAUCGAUAUCAAAUGAAAUAAAGGAUGGCACUGCCUUUUCAGCAUCGAUAGAGUUGUCGCAGCCAUCAAGUAGCAAAUGAUAUUAAGGACACCAGUGUCUCUUCCAGAAGUUUUCAAUUAAUGUAUGGAAGAGGGCUUAAAGACUAAUAACAGGUGGAGGAGAAGCUAAGUUGAAGGAUGGAUGGUUCCCCUCUUGUACUGCUCCUUGAGCUGGUUCUGUUUCAUCUCGGGUGCCUCUUUUUCUUUUUUCUCUGUUUUUUGUGGUUGCCAAGAUGUGUAUGGUAAGGGGGUUAUGAGUUGCAAAAUUAUGGUAAUGCUUGAUGGUGAUUGAGAAUUUAUGCAUUCAAACCCCCCUAGGUGAUAAUGAUGGAUGGUAAAGGGGUGGAUACUUGUAAAGAUGCUCAAGGUUGUGUAAAAAAUUUGUGUAUAUUCAUAUAUCAUCCAGGGUGGACUCCAAAGCUAGCAGUUGCACAUCCCAAAAGAAUUUUGCAUUGCUACAGUAUAAAAAGCUCUUGAGCAAAACAUUUUAAA